AGCUGCCGCAUCACUCUUACUACGUCUUCACGUACAAUAGGCAGCGAGCGCAGACGACACGCACGUACCUGCUAGCUGGCAUGGCUCCCAGGGGCGCGACGCUGGCCGUGGUGGUGGUGCUGGUGGCGGCCGUGGUGGCGCCGCCGGGCGGCGUGCGCGCGGCGAUCUCGUGCUCGGCGGUGUACAACACGCUGAUGCCGUGCCUGCCGUACGUCCAGGCCGGCGGGACGGUGCCCCGGGCGUGCUGCGGCGGCAUCCAGAGCCUGCUCGCCGCGGCCAACAACACCCCCGACCGCCGCACCAUCUGCGGCUGCCUCAAGAGCGUCGCCAACGGCGCCUCCGGCGGGCCCUACAUCACCCGCGCCGCCGCCCUCCCCUCCAAGUGCAAUGUCUCCCUGCCUUACAAGAUCAGCACCAGCGUCAACUGCAACGCGAUUAACUAACUAAUGCUGCUUGCGAGUUGCGACUCCCGUGCGAGGAGGGAAUUGGCUCCGGGAGAAUAAAAUGCGAUUAGCCGAUUACAUUACUACUUUACUACUAGUGUCAAAGCUAGCUAGUUCAGCUUUGACAAGAUCCCUUUCGUCAUCUCAUCUGUGGUGUUUAGCGGUCUAGGGAUCGUGCGUCGUCUCUACAGUUCAGCUUGACAAGUGUCGCUUGGGCGCUAGCUGGUGGGGCUAUGUUGUGUACCUGUAACGCUAGCUUGUGCUAUGAUCCUAAUAUAAUGUUGGUUGUUCC